AUGGCCUCACCACAACCUGCCGUAGACAACGGCGUCAGCACCUCGGACCAAUUCGUCGCCGGUGAUGCAGCAGAAAACAGUGGCGAGGAAGCUGGAGCUCCCUCAGCGGCUGAGACCAAGAACUCCGACGAGAAGCAGAGCAAAUUGGCGGAGAUUAAGGCGAAGUGGCCGGGCUGGCCAGGCUACAACGUGUUCCGGAUAGUGGUGCCGGUUUUGAAGGUUGGCGGCAUAAUUGGGCGGAAAGGAGAUAUUGUUAAGAAGCUAGUGGAGGAGACGCGCGCCAAGAUUCGGGUGCUGGACGGCCCAUUGACCUCUCCGGAUCGCAUUGUUUUGGUAACUGGUAAGGAAGAACCUGAAGCGCCCUUGUCACCAGCAAUGGAUGCCAUAAUAAGAAUAUUUAAACGUGUUAAUGGACUGCCUGAAAAUGAUUGUGAUGGUCAAACCACAGCAACUGCUGGGACUUCAUUUUGUGCAAUCCGGUUGCUGGUGGCAUCAACACAAGCCAUAAGCUUAAUAGGAAAACAAGGCUCCUUGAUAAAAUCUAUCCAGGAAAAUACUGGUGCUUCUGUCCGUGUGCAUUCUAAUGGUAUCAAUGAAAUGCCGAUUUAUGCCAGUUCUGAUGAAAGAAUUGUUGAGAUACAAGGGGAAGGUUAUAAAGUUCUUAAAGCUUUGGAAGCUGUUAUUGGGCACCUGAGAAAAUUUCUAGUGGAUCACAGCAUUAUUGCCUUGUUUGAGAAAAGCUAUAAUUCACCAGCCGCCGGAGGAGGACAAGUAGACACAGCAAAGCUACCGGGUACUUCGCAGAGCUCUCUGACUGCCGAUUACCCUGUACCUGUAAAAAGGGAUCUCUAUCUUGACCGCGAAACCCACAUAGAAUCACAUAUUCCCCCUUCCAGGCUCUCCUUGUAUGGAUCGGACCAUGGGCUUGUGGGUCCUUCUUCGGUGGCUAUAGGACGUUCUGGGGGACCUGUCGUGACUCAGAUUGCACAGACUAUGCAAAUCCCUCUUGCUUAUGCGGAGGAUAUUAUAGGUGUUCAAGGGACCAACAUUGAUUACAUUCGGCGUACGAGUGGUGCCAUUCUUACUGUGGAAGAGAGCCGAGGACUGCCUGAGGAAAUUACCGUGGAAAUUAAAGGGACCUCCUCGCAAGUUCAAGCUGCACAGCAACUUAUUCAGGACUUCAUCGGAGGGCAUAGAGAGCCACUUCCCGGCAGUUACAGCAAGCUCGAGUCGAGUUUGAGGUCCUCCUAUGCACAGUUUAGCAGCAGCUCUUAUCCAUCCUCGACUUUUACAGGACAGCAACCUUAUGGUGGCUAUGGCUCGUCGGGGGUCGGAGGAUAUAGCAGCAGCUACAAUAGGCUAUAA